AGAAUGUGUGAACUCAACGUGCAAAACAAGUCUUUUAAAAAAACUUUCUUUUUUUCCAGAUACAUAUGAUUUACCAAAACACUCCAGUGUUAGUUUUUUUUGAAGGUGAAAACUUUGCGUUCGGAUCUACUCACCGAAUCCCUGGUCAUGAUUUGUCAGCGGACGGCUUGAUUAUUGUUUCGGUUGGUUAUCGCUUGAACGUUUUUGGUUUUUUGUGCUUUGGAGAUGCUGAAGCUAGAGGGAACUUGGGACUCUUGGACCAGUACCUAGCAAUGCGCUGGGUACAGGAAAACAUAAACAAAUUUGGAGGGGAUGUCAAUAAAGUGACGGUGAUGGGUCACUCUUCCGGUGCGGCAAGUAUUAUGUAUCAUUUGGUGUCUCCACGCACAAAACAGCUCUUCCAGAGCGCAAUCAUGAUGUCUGGAUGCUUGACUUCUCCCAUAGCGCAGAAAUCGAACACUCAGAUCAUCGAAGCAUCGUUCCAAUUGGCAAAAAGUUUAGGAUGUUAUUUCCCACAUGACACAAAACUCGUCGUCCGUUGUUUGAGAACAAAAUCAGCGUUUGAACUUCUCGACGCAUACGGGAAACAGAACAUUAAAGGAAAUUCAGAUGUGUUUUUGCCUGUGAUCGAUUCUUUUCUUCCUGCCUCGGAACAAUACCUUUCAAAAUCACCACUUGAAACAUUGGAAGAAGGUUCUUUUAUGAAAAUCCCACUUUUGACUGGUAUUGUAGAUUAUGACGGAGUUGCAUAUCUAGCACGAUGGCCAGCUCGUUUUAAUGAUGGUUACUUCCACUUGCAUCAGCUUUUCAUUAAGAGUGUUAUACCCACAGUUUUAUUACAAAAAGGGUUCACGAAUGAUAAUGGAGUGAAAGACAUAGCUGAGAUCCUGAAGUGGUAUUAUCUCAAGGAUGUGGAGCCGGGUGAUGUGACAAACAUAAUUGAUCGAAUGGCUCAGGUAAAUUAUUCGGAACAAACCUUUUAA